GGCCUGAGUCUGCGCAGACUCAGAAAACGUGGUGAGCCUAAGAAUGGCGGGUACGGGUUUAGUCGCCGGAGAGGUCGUGGUAGACGCGCUGCCGUAUUUUGACCAAGGUUACGAAGCGCCCGGUGUGCGGGAAGCGGCUGCGGCGCUGGUGGAGGAGGAAACCCGCAGGUACCGACCUACUAAGAACUACCUGAGCUACCUGACAGCCCCAGAUUAUUCUGCUUUUGAGACCGACAUAAUGAGAAAUGAAUUUGAAAGGCUGGCUGCUCGACAACCAAUAGAAUUACUCAGCAUGAAACGCUACGAACUUCCAGCCCCUUCCUCGGGUCAGAAAAAUGACAUUACUGCAUGGCAAGAGUGUGUCAACAACUCCAUGGCCCAGUUAGAGCAUCAAGCGGUUCGAAUUGAGAAUCUGGAACUAAUGUCACAGCAUGGAUGCAAUGCCUGGAAAGUAUAUAAUGAAAAUCUAGUUCAUAUGAUUGAACAUGCACAGAAAGAGCUCCAGAGGUUAAGGAAACACAUUCAAGACUUAAACUGGCAGCGAAAGAACAUGCAGCUCACAGCCGGGUCCAAGUUAAGGGAGAUGGAGUCAGCUUGGGUAUCCCUCGUCAGCAAGAAUUAUGAGAUUGAAAGGACUAUUGUGCAAUUAGAAAAUGAAAUCUUUCAAAUCAAGCAGCAACAUGGAGAGGCAAACAAAGAAAACAUCCGGCAAGACUUCUAAAGAGACAGAUGAAUUUGAUGGGUAGAGAGGAAGGCAAACUGGGCUUUUCCAGAAUAUUGAGCAUCUGAGCCGUGAGGGAGAACAGCACCUCCAGGAAAUCGUCAGUGUUUAAAUGUUUACUGUACAGCGUGGACUGUUAGAUUUGUACAUUUUAGCAAAAUAAAAGCUUUUAGCUUGGUGGGGUUUUUGUUUGUUUUGCCAUAAAAAUCAACAACUUUAGGCUCUCAAAAUAAGUAUGACUUCAGAAUAAUAAUAUUAUAUCAUAGAAUUAAUUUUGAACCAGUGGACCAUAUUUUGUAUCCAAGAGAUCUUUACUGAAAGUUUUUAACGUGUAUAAUAAAUUGGAAACUUUUGGUUUAUGUUUUUCAAAUAAAGGGGUAAGUUCUAAACAGA